GUGCUGUGAUAUUACUCCGCGCGCCUCAAACGCUGCUCUUAAAAAAGAGACCCUUGAACGCUUCACGGAUCAUCAGAGAGGUGGAUUGUGGGUAAAGGUGUGAGUACCUGUGCGCGUGAAGGUGUCAGAGGAGAAGAGGUGGUUUUGUUUUCAGUAAACAGGGAGGGACUAGUUGACUCCGCGGAGGGAUAUGUAGGCCGCGCUGCGUGUUUUCCUUUUUGAGAAAGUGUGGAGAGUUUGUGAGAUAGAGGAGGAGGGAGCGCGAGCUGAGCGGGGUCUAAGGGUCUCAGGGGCAGCAUCACUUUCUAAACUUUGUGUCGGUGGUUUCCUGGAGUCCUCGAACCCUCUACCGGGUCUACCGGGUCCGGUUUGUUUACUCUCAGGAGCUCCAGCGCAUGCGUUUAAUCCGACGAGGCGCGCUCCAGCUGGUCCUGCUGGUCUUCACAGACUCGGUCCAGCACAUAGAAUGUUACCGAGCCGGGUCGGGUCUGCAGCAUCAGGAAACGGGGCCGCACCAGGCAGAGGAUCCACUACAGGACUCGGGUCGGGGGUCCGUCCCGUGCUGGUGAGAGCCGGGCAGGUGGUUCUGGCGAGCGGGUACAGCUCCGGGUCUGCGGGGCGACAGGGGGACUCUCUCGGGAUGCUGGGGGCUAACGGACCAGGUGGGCCGAGAGGUGUGAGACCAGGGAACGGCUCUGGGGGGACCUCCCUGCAGAGCCAGGUCCAGGGGGGCAUGGUGGCUCUGAACGCGGGAGUCGUGCUACCAGAGGGAGCGCGCUUCGAGCCGGACCGGGAGAACGCGCCCCUGUGCAGCGGGUCCGACAACGACUCUGACUCGGGGGACGAUGAGGACCCCAUGGGGUCACUCGGGGACAGCAGGAGAGGGGUGAAGAGGGAGAGAGGGGAGAUGGAGGCUGCAGUGACCGGGCAGGAGGUCGGGGUUCCUCCAGGGGGGUACGGGAUGGUUCCUGGGGGGGUCGCAGGGGCCAAACCGGGGAAGAAGACACGUGGACGCGUGAAGAUCAAGAUGGAAUUUAUUGACAACAAGUUGAGACGGUACACCACCUUCAGCAAGAGGAAGACCGGCAUCAUGAAGAAGGCGUACGAACUCUCCACCCUGACGGGGACGCAGGUUCUGCUGCUGGUGGCCAGCGAAACGGGUCACGUCUACACUUUCGCCACCCGCAAACUCCAACCCAUGAUCACGAGCGAGACGGGGAAAGCUCUGAUCCAAACAUGCCUGAACUCCCCGGACUCGCCGCCGCGCUCAGACCCCUCCAUGGACCAGCGCAUGAGUGCCACGGGCUUCGAGGAGACGGACCUCACCUACCAGGUGUCGGAGUCGGAGAGCAUGGGCGACACCAAGGACACACUGAAGCCCACGUUCACGGUAGCUAACCUCCCGGGCACCACCAGCGCCGCCCAGUCCACCGUGCCCACCACCUCCACCACCAUGCAGGUGAGCAGCGGAUCCUCGUUUCCCAUCACCAACUACAUGGCGCCCAUCUCCGGAAGCGGCAACAUCAGCGCCAACGGGACUGUCCUCAAGGCCGCCGCUGCCUCCGGGGUCAUGCAGCUGCCCGGCGGCUUCACCUUCAUGCCCGGCACUCCUCUCCCCCCCGGCACCCCCAUUCCUCUGAGCCAGCUGCAGCAGCACUCCCUGGCCCUCCAGGGGCAGCAUGGUCCGGCCCUGGCCGCCGCCCCGCAACCCCAGCAGGGACAGCAGGCCGUGUUCCGCUUCCCUGCUGCUGUCUCCCUCACAGGUCCGGGGGUUCCCCAGCAGCUCCAGGCAAUCCAGGUCCAUCCCAACACCUCCAACAGUGACAGCAGUCCAGAGAUCUCCCACACCUCCACAAACUCCACCGCAACGGUGAGUCUCCCAGCAACCAUCGUCACCUCAUCAGUGCCUACGUCUGUGGCAGGUCACAUGAUGUACCCGAGCCCCCACACGGUGAUGUACGCCUCCACGCCGACGCUGGCUGACGGGGGGCUCGCAGUGCUCAACGCCUUCUCACAGGGAACCUCCGCCAUGCAGGUGUCCCACGCACAGGGCCAGGACACAGGUGGUGUCCCUCAGGUGUUCCUCACAGCACCCCCCGGCACGGUGCAGAUCCCCGUCUCUGCGGUGCAACUUCACCCAAUGGUGAUUGGCCAGCAGUCGAGCGGCAGCAGCAGUAAUCUGACGGAGCUGCAGGUGGUGAACCUGGACGCGGCACAGAUCUCCAAGAACGACUGACGGCCAGCCGGAGCCGUCUGACGCGUGGAGGCGGAGACACAGACGGACAGAGACACAGACGGACAGACAGACAUCUCUAUUUAUUGAUGCCUUCCUACAGUUUAACUUCACACUUCUGAAUGUGACAUAUUUACACACAAUCAAAGGGCCUGUGUGUGUGACCCUUACUCAGUAUGUUUUGGUAUAUAAAUAUAUAUAUAUUCGAAAGUGCAUAGGAAAUAUAUCACUACGCCCAUCAUCGGAACAUAUUUUGAUGCCGUUGGAUGGUGUUAUUUUUUGCGUGUGUUUUUUUUUUUUUUUUGAAGAUGUGUAAUUAUUACAUGUACACACACACUGCGAGGUGCCACAGCUUCACACCAGCCAAAGAGACGUGUGUGUCUGAAUGUUCCAGUGUGAGCGACUCGUGCACGAGCCUCUGAGUGUGUGUGUGUGUGUGUUUGUGUGCGUGUGCGUGUGUGUGUGUGUGUGCAGGGGUUUGUAAAUGGGCGGGGGAGACUUAAAACAAAAAAAAAAGAGACAUUUGGAAAUGUACAUAUUUUUUUUAAUUGAUAUUUUCAGCCUGCUUUAGUUUGUGCGGCAGCAUGUAGUUGUUUUUUACGUAGUGGUUUUGUAUGUACAUGAAGAAGAGGGAUAUUUACAUGUCUGUGUAAAUUAAUUUAAAUAACAUCUUGUGUUGACACGCUGAGGCUCCACACGGAGGACGAGCGCUCCUUUAUUUUGAGACUUUUUUUCAGACUUUCCUUCGAGGAGGACGAAGACGCCGGGUCACUAAACGAUGUAAAGCUUCCAUUCACUCACUGUCAGUGUUUCAUUUCCGCUGACGUCUCCACCUUUAUUAAAUGUGACGUCCACUCUGAAUCAGAAAGUCCUCUUCAGGCUCUUUUGACGGGUGUAGAAAAGUUGAAACUGUGAAAAUCUAACGGAUCAUGACGACACGCUUCACGCUGGUUUUAUUUUGAUGCUUUCACACAAACGGUCGAGUCCACGUCUGGAGGUUUUUACGCUUAGCUCACCGGACGAUAUCACUGAAGAGCAGAGGAGUGGACGGGCCAAGCAUCAGGGGAGAAUAAGACUUUAUUACUAUCAUUAUUUUUACAUUUAAGAUGUCAAACUUUUAAAAUCAUAUCAAAAGAGAAGACUGUUCAUCUAAAUGACGACUUCAUCAACCCCUCAUGCUUGGCACAAGUACAGACCCGUGUUUAAACUCCUAUAACAGUUGAAUUCUGCAGGUUGAUGAUGUUCCUGCCAUCACAUUUUUAACAUCAUGUGAUCUGUUAUAAACCCGACACCCUGAUUCGCUUCCCGUGACGUCAGAACUCGAGUCAGGUUAUUGGACGCCUGUAUCACCUGUUAGACGAGACGCUGUAAAGAGCUGGAGCCGGGGAUGUAACCGUACCUCAAAACGAAAAGAGGAGACUCAAAUCAGAGACGGGAAAUGAAGCGCGAUACCUUUGUUGAACAGCAGAGGGCGCUGUUUAGACUUCUCCUGAAAGACGUCAUUUCGUCUCUGCAGUCUGUAACUAAAUAGAGACGUAUGGAGGCUGCAGGUUAAAAUUUUGCAGAUCAAGAAACAAGAUUUAACUAACGUUUAAAUGUUAGCAGAAGUUAUCGAUUAACUCUUGGAUGAUCAAUCUCUCUGCUACCUUCAGAGCAGGUGUCAUGCCCACAUCUCCACAGGGGGCGCUACAGCCUGGUUCAUCCUUCUGCAUUGACUCUACGCAGCUUCA